AUGGCAUCUCGGUUUUUCGUUGAAGAGGAGUUCGCCGAUGACAGUGUUGGUAUCAAAGAGUACUGGAAUUCGCCACUUGUUCCACUAGAGGUUGCAAUUCGUUCUUUAUAUGCCAUCAUUCCACGAAUAAAUGAGCUAGUUGCCAAAGCGAAAGCAAAGUGCUUCAUAUCCCCCGAUGGAUUGACGCAUGAUGAAACAGCAGCCAUAUAUUUAUAUACGAUGGAAGUGGGUAAAACAAGUAUAUAUCGAAUGGUUAAUUGGACUCUCCGAAAAAAGGACCAUUUCAUGGCACGUCCGUGGCUUUUGUAUUUAAAGCUCUUCGCGACAGGAGUGAGAAAGUUACCUUUGUACUCGGGUAACGUCUGGAGAGCAGUCCCGGGUGACGUUGCGAAGCAUUAUAAAAAAUAUGGCAGAAUUCGUUGGUGGGCUUAUACAUCAUGCACAAAGUCAAUCAGUAUUUUGGACCAGUUCAUCCCACAAAGUGCUAACGACAGAACGAUCUUCAUGAUUGAAUGCAUUCGUGGCAGGAAUAUUGCUCCAUAUUCAGCUUAUGGAAAAGAAGAUGAGAUUCUUUUAGUAUCUGGGACAACACUCAUUGCUGCAGAUGAAUCACUUAUGAUGGCUGAAGUGCGAAUGGUGCAUUUAAAGGAAGUUUCUGCAGGUAACUUAUCGUCGACUCCAAACUCAAAUCAAGUCGUUGAUAAAAAUACGACUGCGGUCUCAUUAUACCAGUCAUCAAAAUGGGGUUUACCGAAGACACCGAAAGGUACUUCUAAUUAA